CGAGUGUCCAAAGAGUGUCCAGAUUGGGAGUAUUGCAUUCGUUUUAACAGGAGAUAAAUGCAUGGAUAUCCAGUCUGACCAAUGUGCGCCGAGCGGGACAACUGAUGACACAAAAGACUCUCUUCCUCCUUAGCGCGGGUUCUUAAAAACUGGAGGUAAACCAUUCUAGACCAAAUUUAAAACGGACGGUAUGUCAAACAAUUAACUCGUAAUUGAUGCAGUCACAUUGCAUUUUAAAUAUUUUUGCAAUUAAAGAGAGGGGUGCAUAAGGAGCAAUGGAGCCUUCAACAGAUGUGGAGAAACUCUCUGAAAACACCGAAGCUCAAGAUAUUGAUGCGGGUGAUCUGCUAGAGCUCAAUCAGUUUGAUGGGCUUCCCUUUUCCUCAAGAUACUAUAAACUAUUAACCGAAAGAAAAGGUCUGCCGGUGUGGGGAGUGAAAUGUGAGUUUAUGGACAGUCUGCUCAAAAGCCAGAUUGUGAUAGUGACUGGAACUGCCAAAACAGGACAAAGCACUCAGAUCCCUCAGUGGUGUGCAGAGAUUUGCCUGUCUGCACAGUAUCAGAAUGGCAUGGUAGUGUGCACUCAGAUUCAUCAGCAAGGCACGGUGGAACUGGCCCUUCGUGUGGCUGAUGAGAUGGACGUAAAUAUCGGCCAUGAGGUUGGAUACAGCAUCCCACUUCAGACAUGCUACUCCGCUGACACUGUUUUGAAAUACUGCACAGAUGAUGUUUUGCUCCAUGAGAUGAUGUCAGACCCUUUUUUGGAGCAGUAUGGUGUGGUGAUCAUUGAUCAGGCCCAAGAGCGCACGGUCAGCACCGACCUGCUCCUUGGACUGCUCAAAGAUGUGCUCAACACACGGCCAGAGCUUCGACUGGUUGUCCUCACUGCACCUCACUCUGCAGAGAAACUACUGCGGCACUAUGGAAGUGUUCCUCAGAUCCGACUGGAAGGGCCGCAAACAUGUGAGGUGGUCCACGGUAGUGGGAGAGGAGGUGUGAAAGAUUAUCUAUGCUCUGCUCUCAGACUGGCUCUGGAGAUACAUCAGAAUCAAGACAAUGGAGACAUUGUGACAUAUCUGGCAACUGAACAAGAGAUUGAAUGUGCCCAUGCCAUUUUGCGGAGAGAGGGUGCCAAUCUUGCAGUAUCUCAUGGUGAGCUGGUGCCUGUGUCUCUGUGCCCUGAGCAAGGAGACAGUCUCUCAGUACUCUCUGAGGAAAGCAAGAGCAGGAGGGUUUUCCUCACCUGCAGCCCCAGUGAGGAUCUGUUCUGGGCCGUACACAGCAUUCGCUUUGUGAUUGAUGCUGGAGUGCAAAAAAGAUAUGUGUACAACCCUAGAAUCAGAGCCAACUCAAUUGUAAUUCGAUCAAUCAGCAAGAGCCAAGCAGAGAGCCGCAAACAACUUGCAGGGCCAACAGGCAAGUAUUUCUGUUUGUAUCAAGAGGACACACCUCUUCCUGCUGUGAGUGUUCCUCACAUUCUUGAAUCUGACAUCACUUCCACGGUGCUCUUCCUAAAACGCAUGGAAAUUGCUGGCCUGAGUCACUGUGACUUCAUUGACAGACCAGAUCCAGAAGGUCUUAUGCAAGCUUUAGAGGAGCUUGACUAUCUUGCAGCAUUGGAUGAUGAUGGGAAUCUGUCUGAGAUUGGAAUUAUCAUGUCAGAGUUUCCUCUGGAGCCACAGAUGGCUAAGACUUUGCUUGCGUCUUGCGAGUUUGACUGUGUGCUUGAAGUGCUGACCAUCGCUGCCAUGCUAACAGCUCCGAGCUGUUUUAUUACACCACCAGUUGAGUUGACACAGAAAGCCUUACUAUGCCAUCAGAGGUUCCAGCAUGCUGAGGGAGACCACUUUACCCUUAUAAACAUCUAUAAUGCCUACAAAUAUGCUAAUGAAGGGCCAUACUCUCGUGUGGAACGCUGGUGUGAAGAUAAUUUCCUCAGUCUGGCUGCUCUUCAAACAGCUAAUGCGAUUCGAUCUGAGCUAACAGAAAUUCUGAAACAUUUAGAGCUGCCAUUGUCCCUUCCAGCCUUUGGCUCUAAAAGCAACACUCUGAACAUCAAACGUGCACUACUUGCUGGCUUCUUCAUGCAGGUUGCAAGGGACAUUGACGGGUCAGGGAAUUACUUCAUGCUAACACAUAAACAUGUGGCUCAGAUUCACCCACUGUCUGGCUAUGGAACCGAGAUGCACAAGAAGAACCUGCCAGAGUGGGUUCUGUACCAUGAGCACACACUUUCCGAGAACAACUGCAUCAAAUCCGUCUCCCAGAUCUCAGCACACGAGUUCAUUCAGAUAGCACCACAGUACUUCUUCUACAACCUGCCACCUAGUGAGAGUAAAGACCUACUGCAGCAUAUUAUAGAUCAUGGAUCAGCUGCCCCAUCUAAAGGAAAAAGAAAAUCACAGACCUCCAGUGGCCCUGCCAAUGAGGAGCAGGCCCAUGAGCGUUGUACCAUACAGUGACUGUGGAAAUAGUAUACCUUGUCGCUGUUAACUUACUAUGACAACAAACAGUUGCUCAUCUACUCAUCUGUUACACAGUACCCAUGGAAUUUCUGAAGCAAAACGAGGCAUCUCACUCAAUAAGACUGACCAAUUUAAUUUGAUUGAUUAAAUCAAUAAUAAUGAAAAGAAAAGAAAUGAAAAUUAUCUUGUAUUAAACAGCAAUUCAGUUUUCUUCUAUUUAUAGACCUGACAAUUAAAUCUGCUGAGGAAAUAGCCAUUUAAAUAACCUACUGCUGUGCAGUAGUUAAUGAAUAAGCUGUCAUUGACUUUGUCUAAAAUGUCCUUAAUAAACUGUAGCUACUAGUUAGCAUUUUUAAAUUGUGUAUAUAUAUAUAUAUAUUGGCUUAAUAAAAUUAGCAUGUGAUCUAGACAUCAGGUAUCAUCAGGAUAAGUGCUGUAGUACUAUUAAUUAUGGUUUACCUUUUUGCAUUGCUUCAGCUUCCAAUUGGUUUAAUUUAGUGCAGCAGAGCUGUAAUUCAAUUUAUGUAAAGAUAUUUGCAAGUAGGAGUAGUCAAAAGAUAUUUGUAUUUAUUUUGAAGCCAUUUGCUCACUUACGUUUUUUUUAUAUAAUUUUAAUUUCACCAUGCUUUAUUGUUAAAAAGUAGUGUUUAAUAUGUUUUUCAGGAAGUGUCAAAAUGUUUGCAUCUCAACAUGCCUAUAAUAAAUGUGUUUA